AUGCGAGUUGCCGAGGAUGUCAAAGGCCAUGAUCUGCGGCAUCCUCUUCGUGAAUUUCAUCUCCUGACCACGCCACACCGCCAUGACCGUGUUCACAGACACGCCGACGGGCGACGAAAGCUUCAGCUAUUUCAAGAAAGUGCUCGACAUCCGUCGCAUCUAGUCGACCGCGCGGAGUCGCUCUUCACCUUCCUCUACGUGGACAUCCUCGACACCACGGGCACACUCGACUCCAUGGCGCGGUUCGCCGGGCUCAUGGGCGACGACGCCACGGGGGAGUUCGAGGGGCAGUACUUCGCUUUCACGUCCGACGCGGCGGCCAUUGUGUUCGGGUCUUUGCUGGGCACGUCCCCCGUCACGGUCUUCAUCGAGUCGUCGACGGGGAUCCGAGAGGGCGGCCGAACGGGGCUGACGGCGCUGACGGCCGCGGCAUACUUCACGGUCGCGAUGUUCGUGACGCCGCUGCUGGCGUCGAUCCCGUCCUGGGCGGUCGGCCCGCCGCUCGUGCUGGUGGGCGUCAUGAUGAUGCGGGCGGUGGCGGAGGUGGACUGGCUCGACAUGCGCCACGCCGUGCCGGCGUUCAUCACGCUCGCGCUCAUGCCGCUCACCUACUCCAUCGCCUACGGCCUCAUCGGCGGCAUUGGCACCUACAUGCUACUGCACUCAUGGGACUGGGCAUGUCAUGCCGCAACAAAAAUUCGCUACCGCCGGAAGGUGGCGCAGAGGAAGUGCGCGCUGUGUCCGAGAUGA